CAAAGAAGAAGAAAAAAACGUUUCUCCAUCUUCAGAGAUUUCCUUUACCGCCCAUGUCUCUCUCUCUCUCUCCCCCCCCUACCACUGCAGUGGGCCCUCCUCCGCCAUUGUCCUUCUCCUCCCGCAAGGUUCAGAAAACAAAAGAGAGAAAAAGCUUAACUCGUCCAUUUUUUAAUGGGGCUGGCAAACAGUUGGAUUCAACUCUCUCUGCUGCUUUCUUCCGCCAUUGGUAUUUAAUGCCUGCACCUGCAAUCGUUUCAUGUUUUGUCCUGUCGCCCUUGCUGGGUUCGUUCACAUGUCCUAAGAUCUGCAGUCUCUCACUGCCUGGAUCCAUUAUUUUAGUAUACUUACUCUGAUUUGCCGCCCCGGGUCGGGGGCUUUAUUAUCAAACACUUCGAAAGCUCGUUUCUUUCCUACUCGCACCCGCCCAAGUUCGCAAAUGGGGAAGCUCUUCUGCUCUUCCUGCUGCCUUCUCUUCUUCUUAUUGCUCUGCUUCGAACUGGGUUCGGCGGGGAACGUGACGUACGAUGCCCGCUCUCUCAUUGUCGACGGCCAUCGGAAGCUUCUCAUCUCUGCUUCCAUUCAUUACCCGCGCAGUGUUCCCGCGAUGUGGCCGGGGCUAGUGCAGACGGCGAAGGAAGGAGGAGUGGAUGUGAUUGAGACGUAUGUUUUCUGGAAUGGCCAUGAGAUUGCUCCUUCAGUUUACAAUUUUGAAGGAAGAUUUGACCUGGUCAAAUUUGUGAAGACUGUUCAGCAGGCUGGAAUGUACUGUAUUCUUCGUAUUGGCCCUUUCGUUGCAGCUGAAUGGAAUUAUGGAGGUGUGCCUGUUUGGUUGCACUACAUACCUGGAACUGUCUUCAGAACAGAUAAUGAGAACUUCAAGUUUUAUAUGCAGAGAUUCAUGACCUACAUUGUGGAUCUCAUGAAGAAAGAGAAGCUUUUUGCUUCUCAGGGAGGUCCUAUCAUCUUGUCACAGGUGGAAAAUGAAUAUGGAUAUUAUGAGCAAGGCUAUGGAGAAGGUGGGAAGAGAUAUGCCCAGUGGGCAGCUAAAAUGGCUGUUGCUCAAAAUACUGGUGUUCCCUGGAUAAUGUGCCAGCAGUAUGAUGCUCCUGACCCUGUGAUUGAUACCUGUAAUGGGUUUUACUGCGAUGCAUUCAAACCUACUGCUCCACACAGGCCGAAGAUUUGGACCGAGAAUUGGCCUGGAUGGUUUCAGUUAUUUGGGGCCCCUAAUCCUCACAGGCCAGCUGAAGAUGUUGCUUUCGCUGUUGCUCGAUUCUUCCAGAAAGGUGGCACUGUGAAUAACUAUUACAUGUACCAUGGAGGAACAAAUUUUGGUCGCACUGCUGGUGGACCAUUUAUUACCACCAGCUAUGACUAUGAAGCUCCAAUCGACGAGUAUGGUUUACCUAAUCCUUCCGAAAUGGGGACACCUUAAAGAACUCCACAGAGCUAUAAAGCUAUGUGAGAACUUGUUGCUAACCAGCAACCCGGUCAACAUCUCCCUAGGCCCUUCUCAAGAGGCUGAUGUUUAUGCUGAUGCAUCGGGGGGUUGUGCUGCCUUUCUAGCUAACACGGAUGAUAAAAAUGACGUGACUGUCUCAUUCAGGAAUGCAUCAUACCACUUACCGGCCUGGUCAGUCAGCAUUCUUCCUGACUGCAAGACAGAAGUAUACAAUUCUGCAGAGGUAACAUCCCAGGCUUCUGUGGUUGAAAUGGUUCCAGAGGACUUGAAGCCCUCAGUACAGUCAUCAAAGGACUCCAAAACCCUGAACUGGGAAGUGUUUGUGGAGAAAGCCGGUAUUUGGGCAGAAGCUGACCUUGUUAAAAGCAGCUUGGAGGAUCACGUCAACGUUACAAAAGAUGCCAGUGACUACCUCUGGUACACAACAAGCAUUACUGUCAGUGAAGAUGAAAAGUUCUUAAAGCAAGGACGGUCUCCAGUUCUAAUGAUUGACUCAAAGGGUCAUGCUGUCCAUGUCUUUGUCAAUGGGCAACUUCAAGGUAGCGCAUCUGGCAAUGGCACAGUUUUCCCUUUCAAGUAUAAGAAACCUAUAGCUCUCAAGGCAGGGAAGAACGAAAUUUCUCUGCUGGGAAUUACUGUUGGAUUACCGACUGCUGGUCCUCGAUACGAAUGGAUCCCAGCUGGACUUACAAGCGUUGUGAUCAAGGGGCUUAACAAUGGACCAGUAGACUUGUCAAAGAACACUUGGACUUAUAAGAUUGGUCUUGAAGGAGAAAAGCUUGCUAUAUAUACACCAGGUGGUAUGAAUCGCGUAAAUUGGGUUGCAACUCCAAAAGUGCCUAAAAUGCAGCCUUUGACUUGGUACAAGACCAUCGUGGAUCCACCAACUGGAGAUGAGCCUGUAGGACUAGACAUGCUAUACAUGGGGAAAGGUCUUGCUUGGUUGAAUGGAGAAGAAAUAGGCAGAUACUGGCCGAGGAAAAGCCCUAAAAAUGGCAAAUGUGUUGAACAAUGUGAUUACAGGGGCAAGUUCAUGCCGGAUAAGUGUCUCACUGGAUGCGGGAAACCCACACAACGAUGGUACCACGUCCCUCGGUCAUGGUUCAAGCCGUCUGGCAACACUCUGGUGAUCUUUGAAGAGCGAGGAGGUGACCCCACAAAGAUCAAGUUUUCGAAACGAAGAACCUCUGCAGUAUGUGCCUCCACCAGUGAGGAUUACCCCUCUGCCACCCUCCAUCUCAAGUGCCCAGAAGACACCCACAUCUCGAAGGUGAAAUUCGCCAGCUAUGGAACUCCGAGGGGAGCCUGUGGAUCGUACCAGAUGGGAGAUUGCCAUGAUCCCAACUCCGUUUCAGUUGUCGAAAAGGAAUGUGCAAAGAGAAACGAGUGCAAGAUCCAAGUAUCUGCACAAAAGUUCAGCAGCAAAGGGAAUUGCUCAGCUGGGAGAAGGAAGCUUGCUGUGGAGGUAAUCUGCAGCAGCUGAUCAUGAAGCUGAGAAUUUUCAACGGUUUAGUGUGGUGGUGAUGAUGAAGCUAGGAAGUGGAGGAACGGAGAUGACUGAAAGCCUACGUUUUAUUAUUCACUACGAGAAGCUGUAAGGCUACCCUGAGGUAAAGCCAGGAAUUCACAAGUUUUGUUUGUUAGGGGUAAAAAAAGAGCAGGAGAGCAAUGUAGGAGGAAGAAACCAUUGAUUUUUACCCCAAAAUGUUUGUUAUCAUCCACCAACAGCAACAUGCCGAUGGAAUACUGGCAAAAAGCACGAAUUGCCUCGCAAAAUCUAAAAAAUAGAGGUAAAACGUGGAAUUUAUGAUGGAUAAUAAGUUAGAAUAUAAGAAAAAAUCAAGUUCUUAUUCAAAAAAUAAAUAAUGAGCGAACGAGGGCUAGCCUAGUUGGUGAGUCCGCACACUUUGCAUUGUAAGGUUGUGUAUUUGAUUUCUAGUGAUGACACUUCCUCUUUCCCUCUAGUAGUACUAUCCUGUAACAGGUUUUUAUAAAUAAAAAUAAUUUGUUAUUUUUCUAUUAAA